AUGAAGGACCGCUUGGCCGAACUUCAGGUUUGUUUAUUAAUUUGGCUUUUUACUGAUAUUACGUUAUGUUAUAUGUAGUAUGUUAUUUGAUUUUAGAAGUUGCGUGGCCAAACCCGGGGUUCGAGUCCGAGUGUGAUCUUCAACGGAACAUCUGUUAGACUUGAAGAUGGAUUUCCGGUGGUGUCGGAUAACUUGCUUGAUCAGGAUGCCUGGGAUGACAUGGAAAAUGUAGGUUAGGGUUUUAUUUUAAUUACUAUAGUAUGUUCUAGGCAUACUGUAGUCGCUUUUUUAAUAAAUAUAUAUGUACUGUAGCAUCAUUAUUUUACUGUAAUAUAUGCAGUAUGUUAAAAUUAUGUGUUCUAGUUUCACGCUAACGUUGACAAUGUGCUUGCAAAGCUAGACGAGAUGGAUUCGUUGUUGAAAAAGCUGUCAGUGGUUCACAGAGAGAUUCUGAUAUCGCCUGGGAUGGAUACAAGUAAGUUCAUUUGUUAUAAUGUUGUGUUUUAGGAUAGUUUGGCCAAUACACGUUAACCUGCCAGUUAUUUGUCAUACAUUUUUGUCAAAAGUAUAAAUUACUAUUAUUUAGAGUACAAAACAGAAAUGAACGAUAUUGUGAACAACUUUAAGGCAUUAUCUAAGACUAUAUCAGCGUUUCUGACUGGAUUAGGAGACGAAGUGAAGCGGAUUGGAGAUCAGAACGAUGCGUCAUCUCGAAUCAAAAGAGAUCACAGCAGAACGUUGACUCGAAAGUUUCAGAAUCUGCUCAAAGAGUUCAAUAAUGAACAACUUCAUUACAAAGAACAAUCCGAGAAGACGAUAUCCAAGUACUUAAAGAUUUGUAGGUUUUUUCUUAAAGGUUAUUGAAAAUUAUAUUUGGCCGCAUUAUAGCAAGAUUGUAGUACAAUUUUAAAUUUCAUUAUAGUACAUAGUUAUACUUUUACAAAAACGAUUACUUUCAGCCGGAGUCCAACUAGAUGAAGAUCAAGUAGAUGAGGCUAUAGAGAAAGGUGAAUUGUUUAACACAGUAAGUGUAUUAAUGGGGGAUAGGGACAAGAAGAGUUUGUACGAAGAUGUGAAGUCGAGACACGAUGACAUUAUAAAGUUGGAAGCGUCGAUUCGGGAGCUACAUGAAAUCUUCCAGGAUAUGGCUAUGUUAGUGGAGAGUCAGGUGCGUUAACGUAGUAGAUUGUGUAUUUUAUGUUGGUUUUUGGCAUUUUGAUUGUGAUAGUAUAUGUUAAUAUUAAAGUAACGAAAAGGUACUUACAUAUUGUAAAAAAUUAUUUCAGGGAGAAGUACUUGACAGAAUCGACACAAAUGUUCAGUAUGCCACAGAUUACGCACAGAAGGCGUUAACUAACGUGAAUCAAGCACAACAAGCCCAGAGAAGGAAUAUGAUGGUAUGUUUACAAAUUUAUGUCAAUAUUAAUGUUUUUAGUCAUCUUUUAAUGUUUGCCAUAGUAAUUGUAACUUGCUUGCUUAUUUAUUGUACAGGAAUGCCAUUAUACAAAUAAUGUUGGCCUUAUUGUUAUCUAAAUUCAUUUUCAGAUGAAAGUUGGCAUGUUGAUCUGUGGCAUCAUCCUUAUUAUAAUAUUAUUCAUUUUGAUCAGCUCAGCAUUUUGUAUGUACCUGCCUUUCGUUUGCCGUUGACACAUUAUCAUCUCAGUAUAUCAGCUAUCCAACCAGUGCCAGAAGUUUUACGCAGAACUAACGGGUUCCCAGAUUAUAUAUAUCUUCGUUGCAAUAAAUAUCUACUUAGAGUAUUACAUAAACGUUACUUAUUAUUAUUGAUUGGAAUGGUGUUUGGUAGAUUAUCUUAAGGGUAUACUUACUUUAAAUAUUUUAUACUAUAAUAUCUUUUAACUUUGACUACUUACCUUGUAUUUACGAUGUAAUAUAAAAUAUUGUAUAAAGGUUUAUCUUCUUUAAGAUGCAUAGAGUAACAUUUGUUCUACGCACUCCUACAAUAAGGUAUCUUUCAUCUACAGUAAGGUUACGGUCAUCUGAAGCCGCAACAAAGUCGUCGUUGGAAACGUACCGAGCCAAGUUGUAUUACCAAAGUAAAAAGCGUGGUAUACUGGAGAAUGACAUUUUGGUGGGAGGAUUUGCUGAUAAGGAAUUGGGAAAGUUGUCAGAAGCCGAACUAAAGGAGUACGAUGUUCUUAUCAAUGGAGAUAUCAUGGAAUGGGAUCUGUUUUACUAUCUGUCAGGUAUGUUAAAAUGUUUAUUUCAUAUAGUAUAACGUGAUGAUUGCUUUAAAUGGCAAAGUAUAAUAAAUUGAUGAACGAAUGACAUGUUGAAUAACAUAAUUGUUAGAAAAAAGUUAAUUUGAAUGUUUUAGACAAGAAAGAGCCUCCAGAAGAGGUGAAGAACAACUCUGCUUUCAAGAAGAUGAAGGAGUUUGUGGCAAAGAUGAAACAAUAA